AUGGCCACCCGCACGCCUUCGUUGAAGCCCUUGCUUCGCGGUGUACUCCAUCUCAUCGUCUUCGCUCUCUUGGUCGAGACCAGCCAGGCUCGAGGUAGAGAUCCCAAGAAGCGAGACGAAAGGUCUCAAGCUCUGAAUCCUAUCGUCACAACCGACGUGGCAACGCUCUCGCUUUCAGCCUCCGAGCGCGGAAAAGAACGGGUCGUCACCAGCAUCAUCACCACCCAUAUCCUCGUCACCCUGCCAUACGAUGCCUCAGAACUCCCUUCCUCUCUCACGCACCAGCCUGUCACUUCCUCUACCUUGAAUGGCCUCCCCACGAUCAGAGACCCCGAGAAUAGUUCCAAACAGUCCUGGAACACGACUUUCAUCAACACUGUUGGGUCUGCUAGCCUUAUAAAACAGAGCGCCUCCUCUGGCGACUCACCGGGCAGCUCAUCUUUCACCUCGCUCCAGGAAAACAGGUCGACUGGAGCGCGGAGCACCUCCUUCAGCGUCCCCAACGGGGGCGCUCCGUCUUCGUCUCCUCUCGACUCUGCGCAGGGAGGCCAGCCAAAGAGCGGAGAGAAUGAGUCCUCCACUUCUGCCAUGCAGGCAUCUUUGUCCGAAGGUGGCACAGCCCAGACCUCUCGUGUUACCACAAUCCCUGGUCAAGCCGCAACCUCAAGCGCCAACUCUCAGGCAGUCGGACUCCCCUCUGGCAGCACCCAAGUGACGGGAAACGAUCCGUUCUUUUCUUCUUCCGCCGCUGAAGAUUCGACCAUCGCCGAUCCGUCUCCCACAUCUGUUUCCGAUUCUCAUGGUACUAAUCACGAUGUGCGAACCCCAUCCAUGUCCCUUUCCAUGUCUGGCGGAGCAAGUACCCAUGAGCCACCAACUACUACCACUGGCGAAGGUCAGCAGUCGUCAAAGUCUUCCGAGGUUUCAGAGGUCAACCAAGACAAGUCAACAAAGACUCCAGAAGACAACGACAAUAACAAGCCAACCACGGCCUCUCCUGGUAGCACACGCAUCAGCAGUGCAACGUCGAGCAGCGCAGCCUCGCCCGCUGGACAGUCUGUGUCUUCGACAUCGACUGCUGGGCCCGGAAGCACUUAUUCAAGCGGCCCUAUCUCUACGGCCUCGCCCACCUCGUCCGAUACCCUAGAGUAUGCCACCGUACCCAUGUUCGCCACAUCAAAACCUCCCGAGGGUAUCGAUCCCACGACCAUCGUCACCUGGACUUCCACCGAGCUCACCAAGACGACGACCCGUGAUGGCAUCGCCUGGCCCACAAUCUUUCCUGUGUGGUUCUGCGGUGGCGGGCAGCUACUCUGCCCGCCCAAGUGUCUGAUUCCCUUCCUCUCCUGCGGCGGCCUGAACCUCCCAGGGCCUCGUGGGUUCCCCUGGGCCAAGCCUCCAGCACACAAACCAAGGGCACUGCUUCGUCCGCCCCGUGACAACUUCCGGGUCGACGACAAGCUUCACCACCACCUGCGACACGGCCACCUGCAAGCCGACCGUCGUCUGCAGCAAGACCCUCGACACCACGACAACGACGACCUUCACCACACACUCGGCCACGCCGGCCCCGGCGGAGCACUUCUGCGGCGACAGGGAAUCUCCAUGCCUGAACUGCGCAGCCAAACCGGGAGGCAAAGGCCUCAUCGCCCGCCAGCACGGCUUCACCCCCCGGACCCCGGCCUCCUCGACGGGCCCAAAGGCCUCACGCGCCCCGAAGACUGGCCCGAGGGCCCCCAGAACUGGUGGGACCGCAUGUGGAGGUAUGUCUACCACUACUGCGACGGCCUCACGGCGCCGCGCCUCACCCUCGACGGCGAGCGCCUCGAGAUGGGCUACUCGACCAUGCACGCCGACGUCUUCGGCGACCGGCCGCUCGCCGGCGCCACCGGCCCCUUUUGGGGCUGCAGCGGCGUCAUCAUCGUCACCAAGAGGGGCAUCUACACGAGCCACGUGUGGGAGAUACCCAACUUCCACAAGGGCACCCACAAGCCCACCGCCUUGGACUGGGACGCCGAGUUCGACGAGGGCAUCCUGCAGUUCCUCAAGCGCGGGUCCGGCGACCGCAUCGGCGGCUACAAGGGCAUCGACCAGCUGCGGCGCGAGACCGACAUCUUUGACAACAUCGCCCAGGACACCCUGGCCGUCAUCCUCCACGUGCCCUCCUCCAUGACCUUCGCCGGCACCUCCCAGAUCCCCCCCAACUACGGCGGGUUCGAGCCAAGGCACGACCGGCUCGUGGGCCGGUGGGCCGACUUCAUCGCCGACGACCUCGGAUUCCCGCGCGACAAGAUCCGGAAGAACAUCUACGUCAAGGGGCCCUCGUACUGGCCGGCCUACGCCCAGGAGCGGAACCCGCUCAGUCCCAUGGACAUGUACUCGCCGCCGUACGGCCUCCUGCACUGGCAGUACCACCCGGCCCACGUCAUCUCGACGACGGCCGACGGCGCCGAGGUCCGCAAGCCCACGAUCCGCGUCUGGUACGAGAAGUUCCUGGUCUUUGAGGAGUCUUGGUGUCCUCCUGGUGCCGUCGCGGCCCGGGACGACAAGAGCGCGGGGUCGUGCCCGAUGCCUGCUGCCCCGGGGCAUUCCUCGCCCGCGGCUUCGGGUGGUUCGGCCUCCGCCUCGGGAUCCGCUUCUACGCCCGCUUUGAUGUCUGUUUCUGCGUCCCCUUCGGCUUCCGUUUCUACCUCCGCCUCAAUUGGCCGAGGGUCAUCUUCUGCAGGCUCCUCUAGAACCAGGGAUCCAAGCAGCGGCGUCUCCAAGAGUGUAUCCCCGAGCACACCUUCGCUCCGUUCAUCUACCCCGUCUUCCCGCCAGGCAGCGGCAUCUUCGUCCAAGCUCAAGAUCACAGACUGGCGUCCUGCCACUCCUGGAGUGAUAGUCACCAGCCGGACCAAGCCCACCUCAACCGUACUAGCAGAUGACCCUGGCCCCGAGCCAGGCAUCCCGGAUAUACCCAGAAUCGUAUUCGGUAGGAGGUCCAAGCCCCUCCCUGGCUCCGGCCCCGGUCACGCCCCUUCAAAGCGUCUCGUUCAAAUUUCCCAAGAAAUAGCCUUCGGCGGCGACAAGGCCAACCACACGGCCGUCGUCACCGUCUACGACAUGUCCGGAAACAGCGAGACGGUCCUCGCCAGCGAGCGCGACAGCAAGGGUGGAGGGCCCGUCGACCUGCCCAGUCUGCUGACGGUCAAGGACCAGCACGGCGGCAGGCUUGACGUCAGGUUCAUGAGCGAGAUGCAGCAGAUCGAGCUCGAAUCCAACAGACGAGGUAGAACCGAGAGGUGGACUCUGACGAGCAUCCAGGACGUGAAGAACCCGGACAAGGCUUAUUGCCAAGUCCGCGGCGUCACUACAGGCAAGGGCGUUCUAAAGCGGUCUGUAGACUGCUUUUACAACACCUGA